GUAGUUCCGUCCGGUUGACUUCCGCUUCCUCUUGACUUCAGCUGGGGGUUGGGGGUGUGUGUAUUGAGAUUCCUGUGUCCCUGGGAGGUCAAGAUUCCUGUCAGGCAUGGCACAUGAACAUGGACAUGGUCAUGGUCAUGGAAAAAUUGAACUCCCCGAUUAUAAACAGUGGAAGAUAGAAGGAACACCCCUACAGAGAGUCCAGGAGAGGCUGGCUAAGCAAGGUCUCAAGGAUCCAUGGCUCCGCAACGAAGCUUGGCGAUACAUGGGUCGUUUUGGAAAACCUGCCACUUUUUGUAAUACUUUGACAAGAGGAUUCAAAUGGGGUUUUGGAGCAUUUUUAUUAGCUAUUGGAGUGGAAUAUUUUAUAACUGCUCCAAAGAAUGAGGAGGAAUAUUCCAAACACUAAAAUUAAGAAAUAGAGGAAUAAUAGCUAAUUAUUUAGAGUAAAUGUUUGCUGUUCUGUAGUUUGUUUAUUUGCCCUGUUAAAGAUUAAUAUUAAAAUUUCAUUUGGUAAAAGAACCUGUA